UGGUUCAAUUUUCUCAACAACAAAUCAAGCAUCAAAUUCACUUCACAAAACCUUUAUCCUUCACAACUUCAAAUUUCCUCUUCACUAAAAGUUAUAUACAUAUCUUGGCAUUUGGCCAAACUAAGCUAUACUGAUCAUUUCUUGAACUCAUAUAAAACAUGGAUAUGGUGAUGAAGUUGGGAUCAUCAAGCGUGGUGGUAAUUUUCACCAAGAGUAGUUGUUGCAUUUCUCACAGCAUUGAAACCCUAAUCCGUAGUUUUGGAGCAAACCCUACAAUUUACGAGCUCGAUACACAUCCAAAUGGGAAGCAAAUGGAGAAGGCAUUGAUGGAACUAGGGUGUCAACCAAGUGUGCCAGCAAUAUUUAUAGGGAAAGAGUUAGUUGGUGGUGCAAAUGAGAUAAUGAGCCUUAAUGUGAGGGGCAAGCUUAAACAAUUGCUCAUUAGGGCUAAUGCCAUUUGGGUAUAGAAAUUAUAAUAAUGACUUGGUAGAAAGUCUAGGAGUUUUGACAAUAAAUCAACCCCAUUUUAAUUUGCUUUCUAAUGUUGUAAAAGAAGUUAUACUUUGGUCUUAGCUAGUGGCUAUUUUACUUGUCCACAGCUGAUGGCAUGGAAGAAGUGUUUUAUCGAAAAAGUGAUUUAUAAAAGAGUUUAUUUUAUUUAAA